UUUUCAAGUUCAUAACUGCAUUAUUAUUUUUUUUCCCCUCAGAAAAAUGGAAUUCCCAAAACCUCCCCCAUUUCCCUCAAACCCUCUCUUAUCCCUCUCCAGCUUCAUCCACCGUCUCGGCGCUGAGCUUGCUAACCGCCUCCACCACACUAACCAUCUUGCUGCUACCUUCGCUCUCGGUUUUUCCCCGCCGGUGACUUUCCGCCAUCGUCCGCUCUUUGCGUCAGUUUCCGAGCCGAAGGCUGCGGCAGCUACAGCGGCAGCUGCGACAUUGAGUCCUGAGCAGGUUGCCAAAACUCUAUGCGGAACCGCGGUGUACACAGUGAGCAACUCCAACAAUGAGUUCGUGCUUAUCUCUGAUCCCAAUGGAGCCAAGUCUAUUGGCUUGCUUUGCUUUCGCCAAGAAGACGCCGAGACGUUUCUUGCUCAGGUUCGAUUACGGAGAAGUGAGCUGAGAAGUAAUGCUAAAGUAGUACCAAUUACACUUGAUCAGGUAUAUUCACUGAAGGUUGAAGGAAUUGCAUUUCGUUUUCUACCCGAUCCGGUUCAAAUAAAGAAUGCAUUAGAGCUGAAAGCUAGUGCUAUCAAAAGUGCGUUUGAUGGAGUUCCUGUUUUCCAGUCUGACCUUCUUGUUGUGAGGAAGAAGAACAAACGUUUCUGCCCAAUAUAUUUCAAUAAGGAAGAUAUUGAAAAAGAACUUUCAAAGGUUUCGAGGGCAUCAAAAGGACCUGGUGUUUCUCAACAUAUCAUGGUUGGAAGCUUGGAAGAUGUUCUGAAGAAAAUGGAGAUGAGUGAGAAAAGCUCGGGCUGGGAGGAUCUGAUAUUCAUUCCACCUGGUAAAAGCUGUUCUCAACACAUCCAAGACGUGGUGAAAAUAUGAGUACAACAGGCAAUAUGCAUUUUAUUUCCGACUGUCCAUUUGGUAACAUAAACAAUUCAAUUACAUCAACUCAAAGCUCUUGAAUUGGAGUCUGGGAUGGGAGAGAUAGGAUUUAUGUGAUCGGAGUUUGCUACCUCCUUUUGUGUAGUCCAAGAUCCAAUGGGUUCUCCAUGUGUUACCCAAAAAAAAGGUAAAAGGAAAACCUAGUAGUUAUGGCCAUUGAUAUGCAUCUAUACAUUUGAAUGAGGAAAUUAUUAAAAAAGCAUUAAUAUGUGGAAAGGAUUUUGGUUGA